CCGACGGAAUGUUUGCCUAAAUACGCGGGCGUCAGGUAGGCGAUGAUUAGGAAACAUUUCCCCAUACUCACGACGAGCAUCUUCAGCAUUGCCUCUGGCAUCUCCAUAGUAGAAAAUGAUAUCGGCAUAUUCUUCGAAACUGAAUGGCCGCCUCCUUUGUUCAUCAGCCAUUGUUCAUCGAUAUGUAGAUCAACGAACAAUCAAGUCACACAGCAGCCAAGUCGCAGCAGCGGUGGCCGCAGUAGUAGACUCUUCGGUAUCCUGAUCAGCCGCCGUGCGCUGUGCGGGUUCGAGUCCCGUCCCAGGAGAAAUGUUUCUCUUGGCCAUGGAUGUUGUGAUUGUCCGUAGGUGGUAGAUGGUCUCUGACUGUCGAACGCGGAGGUACCACCCGGCGGUUCUCGUAGGCGGAGC